AACGCAAGAGGCUCUGGGGGGUGAGCGUUCAACGUAGAAGAUAAGCGAUUCCAAGAAAUUUUCCACUUCUACCCACGAAAAAUCUAGCGGGAAAGUUGGCGCCUUGCAUCUCCAAUCCAUAUAGCCGCGAUUUAACUGCAAAAAUUAGGGUUUAUUUGCGCAGUGAGUUACUCCAUGGAGGAAUCCAAUUCUUUGCAAUCUAAUCACAAUGUUCGUGGAAGAGCACAAUGGGAGAGAGGAAGUGUUAUUAUUUUUUGUAAUAUAUGCAAAAAGGAACUAGAGGCCGGUAAUAGAGCGGGAGGUAGCUUGAAGAAGUUUGCAUGGGCUAGCAUAGCCACUAAGUUCAAAAAUGAGACAGGACUAACCUAUGAUGCCUCGCAAAUGAAACACAAAUGGGAUACAUUAAAAAAGGAUUGGAAAAAUUGGAAGCACCUGAAGAGACUAGCAACUGGAUUAGGGUGGGACCCACGCAAAGGCACUAUCGAUGGUACAGAUGGUUGGUGGGAUAAAAAUAUUAAGGCUAAUCCAGAAAUAGCCAAGUUUUGAAGUAAAGGCAUUGAUCCUGAGUUGGAAGACAUAUUGGGAUUAUUAUUUGAUGGUACUGUUGCUAAAGGAGAUGAUAUGUGGUCCCCCUUGGCUGGUUGUCCUCCACGACGAUUCUUUGAAGCUUCAUCAAAUUCCUAGGUUCCGUCGGUAGAGGUUAAUAUUCAUACUACUCCUUGUAACGAAGGUAUUGUUGAUUUAUGCAUCCCAGAUCUAAAUGAUGACCAAGAAAAUGAAGGAACUAGAGAGGGUGAUACUGGUUUUGAAAUGAAUGAGAAUCCUUUAAAAAGACGAGCGAGUGGCUCAUCAUCUGCGCAAAAGAGAAAGUUGUGCAAGAAAAAAAAGGGAUGAGCUUCUAUGUUGUCAAUAAAAAUAGAUGAAAUUAAGGAAGAAUUUGAUAAGCAUCGAGAAACAAUCAUGUCCAGAGUUAGCAGGUUGCCUCCUACUAUUUCUGAAGCAGUUGACGUGCUAAAAUCCAUGGAGAAUGACAUUCCACCUUAUAGCACUUUGUAUCAAUUUGCAACGAAGCUCUUCUUGAACAAGGACAAACGUGAAAUGUUUAUGGCUCUAAACCAUUAUGACUCUAGACUAUGGUAUUUGAAAGUUGAAGAAAGUGAAGCAACAACGAAUGAAGCUCAGACUUUUACUAGUUUAUUAGGAAACAAUCAUUUCAAUUUUUCUUCGUAGGUGUGUAAGGUUUUGUUUUCUAUGUUGGAGAACUAUAACAUGGUGACUUAAUUUCUUUUCAACAGUCUUAAUUGCCUAGACAUCUCGUUUAG